UUCUACAAAUGCCUUCGUAUCUUCGGAUUAAAUCCAAUUUCCUUCUCUCAUCACUCGACGCAUAUUUAUAGUUCUAACUCAUACAACUCUCUUAAAAUUUUGAUAAAUACAGAUCGACGGCUUCACUUACGCAGGCAAGCAACUAGCGCUCAUGAUGCCUUCCUCCACAAUCCACCCCGGAUCAAGCGUCAGCUCUCGGAGCAGCCGACGCCAUCACUCCUCGGGACACUCUCAAGCACCAUCGCACGCAUCAUCCCACCGAUCCUCCUCGUCUCGCCACUCAUCAAGCUGCAGAAUGUCAUCUGGAUCAGCUGCCACCAGCGAUUCUAGAGCAAAGGAGUUCAUGCAGAUGAACAAUUAUGGAGGUCCAGGCAGCACGGUGUCUCGUUCCUCACACAGGAGCGACGAUCCAACGGCUCACCCACGAUCCUCGAGCGGACGAGCACAUAGUGAGGCGAGCAACAACAUGCAGAUGGUCCCCUAUACAGGCAACAGUAGCUCCAGCCGUGCCCCCUCGCAGGUAUCGCGCAGCUCUUCUCAUCGCUCCUACUCCUCUUCGGGUUCAAGAAGCUACGCCGACUCUCGCCACGGCUCGUCCAGCGGACGAGAAGUCGCGAGAAGAGACGAAGGUGAUUGGAGAACGGACAGGGUCGACGAGGAGCCCGCCCCGAAGACCCUGAAGGACGCAUCGGUGCGGGAAUUGCUCGACGAGUGUGACCGAAAACUCGGUCCCCCACUCCCGAUCCGAACUGUUACUCUGUUCCCCUUAUUUCCACCCUGCCCAUACCAUGGGUAUUGAGGUUGCCCCCUGCUGAGCACUGACUCGGAGAGAGGAGCGGAAACGAGAGCAUCGAUUCAACAACUAUUUCCUUUCUUCUAUCUAAGUACGGUCCUGCGUAUCGUUAGAUCCAAUCUUUUGAGCAGAGCGAAUCCAGCUGAUCCACAAAAGCCUAAACAAUGGUAGCAAGUCACGAUUUCCUCGAAUUCUCACUAGAUCAACCAACUAAAAAAUGCAAAAACAUAUCUACCCAACCCAAAGCCCACUUGUUCUAAUC